AUGAGUGCGGACGUUGCCAGAGACAACAUCGAAGUCCAAGCAGGGGCUGAAAAGAACGAAACUAUCAAACUUGAAGAAGUUGAAUACCGUCAUGUCGACGAGCCAGACACAGAGCCAGAGCCCAAAUUCAAAUGGACCUUCACAGUGUAUGCCAACUUGGCUGCCCUCUAUUUCACCUACACGGCCGGCGCUUGGGCACAAAUUGUUCCAGCAUUCUCAGUAAUAGACCUCCAAAGACUUUGGCCGGACCAAGCAGGCCUUGCGACUUGGGUCGUAACUUCAGCCUCGGUGGCCGCUUGUGUGCUUACUCUCUUCGUCGGAAACUUCUCUGAUCUUCUUGGUCGGCGAUAUUUCAUGAUUGCUGCGAAUAGCAUUGGCAUUGCAGGCUGCCUCGUUGCUUCCAGAGCUACGAGCACGGCAAUGGCUAUCGGGGGCAAUGCAAUCAGUGGUGUGGCUUUGGGGCUCAGUUAUUUGGCCGUCCCUAUGCUGGCCGAAAUGGUACCCAAAGUCAAUCGUGGACCUAUAAUUGCUAUUGCCGGCGCCAUGAGCGGCAUAAUCUCCAGCGCUGGUGGCGUGGGGAGUGCCGCUAUGCAGAAAGAAAAUGUUGGCGGCAUUCAUGAAGGUUGGAGACCUGCGUUAUACAUGAACGCUGGGCUUUGGUUUCUUAGUCUGGUGUUGGUCUUUUUCUUCUACCACCCAGGCGAGCGACCCAAUCCGGAAGGCUACACAACCCUGCAGAAAAUCAAACACGUCGAUUGGCCCGGUUUAGUCCUCGGUGCAUCUGGUCUCGUCAUGACGCUUCUGGGUCUCGCAAUGGGUGGCAACACCGCCCCUUGGGAUUCUGCUAAAGUUCUGGCCCUUCUCAUUGUUGGCAUCUUCCUUCUGGUCGCCUUUGCCGUGUGGGAAUGGAAAUUCGUCCCCGAGAGCCUGGGCCUGUUCCGUCGAGAGCUCUUCCAGCACCGAAACUAUGCACUGGCACUCGCUAUGCACUUCAUUGAGGGCGCCUCAAUGUUCACCGCAAACACCUUUUUCCUUCAGCUGCUCAUCAAUGAAGGCUUUGUGCAAAGUAUUUGGACAGCAACUCUGCACCAAUUGCCCUUCUCCGCCGGCGCCAUGACCGCGGCUGUGGCGGGAGGAUACUUUCUGUACAAGACAAGGGAAGCAAAAUGGCUCACUAUUUUUUCAAUGUCGGUCAUGGUCGCCGCUCAAGCACUGCUGUCGGUAAUUCAGCCAGGCAUGAAUCAUGCGGCUUUCUUUGUCCCAGAAGUAGCGAUUGCCAUGGGAGUAGGAGCUUUGGGCACUUGUGUCGUGUUGAUUGUGACCUUGGCUGCACCCAACAGAUACAUCGGCCACGCGGUCGCUUUGGCCACCUCGAUCCGAUCACUUGGUGGGGCAGUUGGUCUCGUCAUGUUCGCACAAGUGCUUCAGUCCAAGGUCAAAGAACGUCUCGUCUCGAUGUUCACCAAGGCCGUGUUGGCGGCGCAAUUGCCGCCUACCAGUGUCGUGCCCCUACUCGAAGCGAUGCUGACUGGAGAAGAGUCAGUCAUUUUGCAGGUUCCGGGGGUUACUUUGGCGUCUAUCAGUGCGGCAACCAGAGCCAUCCAUCAUGCAUAUGCGGACAGCUUCCGCUAUGUAUGGUGGGCAAACCUUCCAUUCGGACUCGUCUCAAUCGCGCUUGCAUGCUUUCUCAAGUCAACGCGGAAGCAAAUGACGAUAGAGGUCGUCAGUGCCGUGAAAGAACGAGGCCCAAAUGAGAGCACCAAAGAUGGUGCGAACAUUGAGUGA